AGCGCAAUGCACUUCCGGGACUUCAACGAGCAGCAACUCCUUCGCGGUCCGAAAUGCCGGGGCUCGAAGCUGCGGUCGGACAUAAUUCUUGGCAACCAAGGCUAUAGAAGCAGUUCCUUUGCUGUUCCAUUUCUAGUCACGGCAGCUGGACUACUGAAAAAAGACAGAAAGGAAAAGCAGAACUGAACACAUUUCCUCCUGUUUACCCCCGUCGUUUGUUUCAUUUGUUGCCUGUGGCGAGCGGCUCACAAGGUUGCGGCGCGGGCGGCUGCCUGUCUCCUCACUUCUCAGCCUCAGCUGGAGCCUGAGCCAGGGGCUUUCGCAACACUGAGGCGCUUUAAGCUUCGUAUGAUUUAUUUCCUGAGCUGCCACGACUUCACUCCCACAACAUUUCUGUAGUUGGGUCCGACUUUGCACCAGCUUCCAUUUUAAAACAGGCAGCAUAACGACAAUUGGAUUUAAGGGCUUGAAAUAUGGAGAGGAGUUUCCGCUACCCACGGGGAAACUACCAUGGAAGGGAAGCUGGACCUUGGUUUACUAGGAUAGAUAUACCACAUGAAAACUGUUGGGCAGGUAGGCCGUUUCCACGAUGGGGCCAGGCGCAUCAGGACCCACGGUGGAGCCAGGAGCAGCAGGACCCACGGUGGGGCCAGGGCCCCUCUGACCCUCAGUGGGGUCAUCACAACCCACAAUGGGACUAUUUCAACCCAAGGUGGAGCCAAGACCACCAGGACUCUCAGUGCUAUCCUCCUCCCCCACAGUGGGAUCAGUACCAUCUUGAACAGCCAUCAAGGGACUAUGACUGUGGCUUUGACAAUGGCAACUUUCAACACCGAGGCGGUGGUUCCUACAGGAGACGUUCACAUGGCAGAUUCUACGGAAAACGUUCUAGUAGCUCUUAUAAAGGCAAGAAUAGUUCCUGUGGCUCAUCACACGUCUUGGUAAAGAUGCAGCAGAGUGGAAAAGAAAAUGAUUCUGACGUGAAGAAAGAUGAAUCAGCAAUAUCCAAGGAGACAAAACAAGUCUUAGAAGAUUCUGUAGCUUCAGUGAAAAACACUGAUCCACUCCAGGUCAAUCAGAAGGCCAGCAAAGCUAUCAUCUCUCCUUCACAGUUUAGUUUUCGUUUGCCUCCUGACUCCUUAACAUGCCCAGCGAAGACAAAAGACACUGAGCUGAUCAAGCUGGGUACUGGUUCCAAAACUGAAGACAGUCACCAAGUAGCAUGCUGCAUUCAAGCAGUAACCUCAGAACUACCUGCAGCUCUGGAGAAUCUUGAACUUAAAAAGGAAGAUGAGGAGACUGAGCUGGACAAACUGAAAGGCGCCCAGGCCAGUCAGGCUACCUCUCUUUCCUCCGCUAAAGCACCAAUGGAAGGACAAGCACCAUCUAACACUGCAGGGGGUUGUCAUCCUGUGGUAAAGAAAGAGCCUAUGCCGGCCACUGAAGCCCACCAUAGCCCGGUUGCCUCUCUUGCGUCUGCUGAAGUACCUACUGGAAAACAAGCACCUACUGAGAUUAUGGAAGAUUCUUGUCCUGUGGUAAAGGAAAAGCCGGAUACUGAAGCCCAUUCCUAUCAGGCUGCCACUCUUGCAUCUGAUGAAACACCUACAGGAAAGCAAGUACCAUCUAAAGUUGCAGAAAGUGUUCAUCCCAUGGUAAAAGAAGAGCCUGUGCUGGUAUGAAC